CACUCCGAGUCGCCGUCUCGGUUCGGCACGCAUUUACGUCUUCGCAACCAUCAAACUUGAUGAUGAGUUAUGUAACGAUCAGGGUAUGGGGAUGAGUCAAUACUCGAUCCGCGUCGGGAGGAACGUCGUAUAAAAGCGCGCUGGAGAUGAGUUUACGAGAGCAGACCAAGCACCGCGCACUCCACUCAAGGCACACCAUACAGCAACUCCCUGACACCCACCCGCUUGCCAAACCCAAAUAUCAUCUUCAUACGACAAGAUGACACCCCAACCGCACCAAGCCACAGCCCUCAAAGCCCUUCACACCUCCGGACAACCCCUCAUCCUUACAAACAUCUGGGACGCCAUCUCCGCCCGCGCCAUCGCCUCUCUCCCCCAGACCGCCGCCCUGGCAACCGCGUCCUACGCCAUCGCUUGUGCCGCCGGCCUGGAUGACGAUGCUCUCACUCUCGACGCCAACUUACGCGCCGCCGCGGCCGUCGCUGUCGUUGCAAGGGAAUUCGACAAACCGCUUACCGUCGACUUUCAAGAUGGGUAUGGCGAUGCGCUGGAAGAGGGCGUGAGAAAGCUAGUAGCAUUGGGCGCGGUGGGCAUUAAUCUUGAGGAUUUCGCGAGGGAGAAGGGCGGCUUGUAUGACGUCGACGAAGCCGUCUCGCGGAUCAAGACGGUGCUGAGGGUUGCGGGCGAAGCAGGCGUGCCAGACUUCGUCGUCAACGCGCGAACAGAUGCGCUGCUGCACGGGCGGCCCCUCGACGAGGCCAUCGCGCGUGGGAGGGCUUAUUUGGAUGCGGGUGCCACGACGGCGUUUAUUUGGGGCGGGAGGGAGAGGGGUGGGACGACGCGGGAGGAGGUGGAGAGAAUGGCGAGGGAGUUGGGUGGCAGGUUGAAUGUGAUUCUUGUGCGGGUGAAGCCUGGUGGACUAACGAUCGAUGAAUUGAGGGGAAUUGGGGGGUGUGGUGUUGCGAGGAUCAGCGUGGGGCCGCAACUUAUGUUGAGGACUACACAUGCCAUCGCAGAAGAGGCGGAGAAGAUAAUGAAGGGUGAGGGGGUGUAGGCUGUUCAAGGACGAGGACGAUGGACUAGGAGUCGCUAAAUUGAUGCCGAGGAAGGUUUCUUGGAUUCGCGGCGCAUGCCCUGAUAGCCUUCAUUGUCCAUGCGACAAUGGGACCAUGUGUAUAUCCUGCCAAAAACCAACCAUAAUCUAUCGUC